AUGAACGUCCUUGUCGUCGGCAGCGGUGGUCGCGAGCACGCACUGUGCUGGAAACUCGCUCAGUCGUCGUCCGUUGCCGCUGUCUUUGCAGCGCCGGGCAAUGCUGGAACGGGGCUGGUUCCAAAGGUCAACAAUGUGCCUAUAGCCACAGACAAGUUCGAUAAACUCGUCCAGUUUGCGCUACAAAACAACAUCUCCCUCGUCGUCCCCGGCCCCGAGCAGCCACUCGUCGAUGGAAUCGAAUCUGCAUUUCGCAAAGUGGGCAUCUUGGUAUUCGGACCAUCGGCCUCGGCUGCGCGAAUGGAGGGUUCAAAGGCAUUUUCAAAGGACUUUAUGCAGCGACAUGCAAUCCCUACAGCCGCAUACAAGACAUUUACUGCCUCUCAGUAUACCGAGGCUCUCGAAUACACAAAGACCUGUGGCCACCGCGUCGUCCUCAAAGCGAGUGGUCUCGCCGCCGGAAAGGGCGUCCUUAUCCCCGAGACACCAGAAGAAACAGAAGCAGGACUAAAGGAUAUUCUUCUGGACCAAGUUUUCGGCUCUGCUGGCAACGAAGUCGUCGUCGAAGAGUACUUGACUGGUCCUGAGAUUUCAGUUCUCGCCUUCUCCGAUGGAUACACAAUCGUACCAUUGCCAGCCGCCCAAGACCACAAGCGGAUUGGAGAGGGGGAUACAGGCCUGAAUACGGGUGGCAUGGGUGCAUAUGCACCUGCACCUGUCGCCACAAAGGAGGUCAUGCAACAGAUUCACCGCGAAGUAUUGCAACCAACCAUUGACGGGAUGCGACGAGAGGGGUACCCCUUCGUUGGAAUGCUCUUCACUGGAUUCAUGCUGACAGAAAAGGGUCCAAAGGUGCUCGAGUAUAAUGUUCGUUUCGGCGAUCCAGAAACGGAGGCACUCAUGCUUCUGCUCUCCGAGGAAACAGACUUUGCUCAAGUAUUAUUAGCGUGUGCCGAACGUCGGUUAGAUUCCGUUUCCGUCGUGACGAAACCUGGUGUGGCAGUCUCCGUCAUCCUAGCGUCAGAGGGCUAUCCAGGAUCCUACCCCAAAGGACGUGAAAUCACAUUCCCAGCCCAAUUACCUUCCAACGACGUCGCCAUCUUCCACGCUGGAACAUCACUCCAAAACGAGAAAAUCGUCACGUCAGGAGGUCGCGUACUCGCUGUCACGGCGUAUGGAGCCUCCGUCCGUGCAGCCCUAGAUGCCGCCUAUAACGUGGUCGACAGCGUUUCGUUUGAAGGUAAAACCUACCGACGAGAUAUUGCUCAUCGCGCACUCGACGACUCCACCCUCCCAAGCAAAGGCCUCACGUACGCCCAGGCCGGUGUAUCCGUUGAUGCAGGUAAUGCGCUCGUCGAACGCAUCAAACCUUAUGUCAAAGCCACAAAACGUUCGGGAACAGAGGGUGUCAUAGGCGGAUUCGGUGGGGUCUUCGAUCUAAAGGCGGCCGGGUUUGGCGAAGACGCCGUCCUUGUGGCUGGCACGGAUGGGGUCGGGACGAAGCUGCGAAUUGCGCUUGAAAGCGGCAUUCACGAUACUGUUGGUAUCGACUUGGUCGCAAUGUCGGUCAACGACCUCGUCGUCCAAGGGGCAGAACCACUCUUCUUCUUGGAUUAUUAUGGAUGUUCCAAACUUGAUGUGGAUGUCGCGUCGUCUGUCAUCAAGGGGAUCGCUCAGGGUUGCAAAGACAGCGGGUGUGCGCUCGUCGGAGGAGAGACGGCGGAAAUGCCAGGAAUGUACACUGGUGAUGACUAUGACCUUGCUGGCUUUGCAGUCGGCGCCGUCUCUCGCUCAUUGUUGCUCCCAAAGCUCUCCGAGAUGAAGUCCGGGGAUGUACUCAUUGGACUAGCUUCUUCCGGUGUCCAUUCGAAUGGCUUCUCCCUCGUCCGCAAAAUCUUAUCCCUUCACAACUUGACGACAGCUUCACCAUGUCCAUGGUCGACCCCAGAGAAGCCUUACCAGACCAUCGGCCAUGCACUGCUGGAGCCAACGACCCUCUAUGUCCUUCAACUUCUUCCUCUCUGCCGUAAGGGUCUACUCAAGGGGCUUGCGCACAUCACUGGAGGCGGAUUCAUCGAAAACGUCCCACGUAUGCUCCCUCAAGGCCUAGGGUGCGAGAUUGACGUGUCCGCGUGGAAACUCCCCGAGGUAUUCAAGUGGCUUAAAAAGGCCGGAAACAUUGAUGCGCGGGAGAUGGCACGCACAUUCAAUUGCGGUAUUGGAAUGGUCGCUGUCGUGAGCGAGGAUGUCUGUGAUGCAGCAAUCGCAGAACUCAAAAACAACGGAACCGCUGGCGUGUACCGAAUCGGUAAACUCGGUGGGGAGACGUUGACACUGCACGGUCUCGAAUCGUGGAACUAG